AUGACUCGCCCGGUAGGCCUGGUGCAGCUGCACUUCCGCCCCGGCAGCCGCUUCUCAGACGUCGACGCUCCGGUCAAGCAGCUCCUCGUCAACAUCACCGAGUCCUUCGAGAAUGGCAAUGGCUACAUCUUCGCCGGGCCGCACCUCGACGACCCGGAGAAAGCAGUGGUCAUGAUAUGCUAUGGCGAGGAGACGGACGAAGCCGCCGCCCGAGCUGCUUUGAACCCAUCAUCGUCCAUCUACGCGCCGAUAGCACCUUACCUCCAAGCCGCACCGCGCGCCGACGUCGUCAGCUUCACGUGGCCACCCCCGACCACCUAUGGCCAGCGCCGCGAGCGUGUGCAGGAGCUCGCCCUGAUUCGCAUCCCAGCCCGACAAAGGACGGCCGAUGACGACGGCGACGACGAGAACGACGAUGAUCAUGACAGACACGACUGCAGGGGAUUGACCAACGCCAGCGACGACGACGACGACGACGAGACAACAGUCAAGAACAAAGAAAACGACGACGAUGACGACCAUUCCAAGAAACCGAUAGACGACAAACCAUCUUCCAAAGAAGAAGAAGAUGAUGAUGAUGAUGAUGAUGAAGAAGAAGAAGAAGAAGAAGAAGAACUCUUCUUUUCCCCCUCCCCCUCCCCCUCCUCAUCACCCACCACCGCCGCCCCCCUCCGCGCCCUCGACGACUUCUUCUCCACCGCCCUCUGCAGCAACGCGCACCGCGGGCUGGGAGACCUGGCGACGCACAGCCAAGGCAGGAGCAGCAACAGCAGCAGACGUGACAACAACAACGACGACGACGAUGAUGACGAUGAUAAGCACCCCUCGGUGGUGCUGCACGCGUGGAGCUGGGCCGACGAGGGCGCGAUGCGGCGGUUCAAGGACGCGGGGGCGGCGAACGCGUACGAUCGGUGGGAGCGGAGGCGUUUGGACGACGGAGUCAGGGGAGAAGCGGGACGGAAGGAGGAGGAAGAGGAGGAAGAAGAAGAAGAAGCGGAUGAUUUGUGGCAGACGGGCUUCGUGGGGGCGGUGGAGGAGUUGCGGCGGGGGGGCGCAGAGGUGGAGGUCGUGGCGGCGAGGAUGCGGCAUUUCCAGCCGGUUUUGGGGGCGCUGUCGUAUGGGGAUGAGUGA